AUGCGAAGAAGAAGAAGCCCGUCACAUUCAAAUCAUAAUUUUCAGAUUUCAAAUCUUAAUAAUUCAAGCUCAACUGAUUCAAAUACAAACCAAUCUUCACCUCAACAACUUUCAGAUGACCUUAACUCUAAUGAACCUAAUGAACCAGAUGAUAGUAGGCUUUACUCCUACUAUCAAAUACAAAAUAAUACGCAUCAUGACGAUACGACAAAAUCAAUAAUAAAUAAAAACAUUAUUAACAAUAUUCAUUCUAAUAAGAUAAACAAUGAUGAUAAGAAUAACAGUAAACAUAGACAUAGAAAUGAAGAUACUAAUAAUGAUAAUGAGAAUGAUAAAUUACAACAGAAACUAAUUCUUGCUCCAAAGCCAAUCCAAAACUUAAAGAAAAGAUCAACUACUGCUAUAUCAAAUGAUCAUAUCAUUUCCACUCCACAAGGAAUCCCAACUUCUUCAUCCACUUCAUCUUCAUCUUCAGAUUCCUUCUCAUCUUAUGAUAAUUAUUAUUCAUCUUCAUCUUCCUCAUAUAAUGAUAUGGAUUUAGCUUUAUCUUCUGCCUCCUCUUUUUCGACUUCAUUAUUAUUAAAUUCUUCCCAUUUAUCUUCUUCUUCACCAUUACUUUCAAACAAGAGAAAUCCAUUAGUUCGUCUCAGUACUAAUAAAUAUAACAGUAAUAAUCAUCAUUCUACAUCUGCUCCGACUGCCAUCACCACCAAGAAUAAUAUUUCUUCUAUUUCUUCUUCAAAUAAGAAACAAGAUAAGUCAAUCAUUUUGAAAAGAUAUCCUCAUGACCCUUCUUCAACAGAAUCUUUAAAUAUAGAUCAUGUCAUUGAAAAAUUAUUGAAAUUAGGUAUCAAUAAUACUACAACUACAAGUACCAGUAAGAAGAAAAGUAGCACUAUUAGUAGUAGUAGUAGCAAAAAGAAGAUUGAUUAUCAGAAUUUCCCAUUCCAUACAUGGGAAAUUCAAUUGAUUUGUAAUCAUGCAAGAGAAAUCUUUAUGAAUCAACCAACUCUUUUAAAAUUACAAGCUCCAAUUAAAAUUGUCGGAGAUAUUCAUGGUCAAUUUAAUGAUUUGUUAAGAAUUUUAAAAUUAUCUGGAUUACCAUCACAAACGAAUUAUCUUUUCUUAGGUGAUUAUGUGGAUCGUGGUAAACAAUCAUUAGAAACAAUCUUAUUAUUAUUAUCAUUCAAGAUUAAAUAUCCAAAUAAUUUUUUCAUGUUAAGAGGUAAUCAUGAAUCACCAAAUAUUACUAAGAUUUAUGGAUUUUAUGAUGAAUGUAAAAGAAGGAAAAACUCUAAAAUUUGGAAAUCAUUCAUGGAUACAUUUAAUUCAUUACCAUUAGCUGCAAUAAUUAAUGAUAAAAUAUUUUGUGUUCAUGGUGGUAUAUCACCUGAUUUAUUUCAAUUAAAACAAAUAGAAUCCAUUCAAAGACCUACUGAUAUCCCUGAUAAAGGGUUAAUUACUGAUUUACUUUGGAGUGAUCCAAAUCCAACGAUUAAUUCAUGGUCUAAGAAUGAUCGUGGUGUUUCAUUCACUUUCUCCAAGAAAAAUGUCUUGGAAUUUAUUAAGAAUUUCAAUUUCGAUUUAAUAAUUAGAGGUCAUAUGGUCGUAGAAGAUGGUUAUGAAUUCUUUGCCAAGAAAAAAUUAGUCACUAUAUUUUCAGCUCCAAAUUAUUGUGGAGAAUUUCAAAAUUGGGGGGCUGUAAUGAGCGUCACUACGGGAUUAAUGUGUAGUUUUGAAUUAUUAAAACCACAAUCAUAUCCUCCGAAGACAUCUUCUUCUUCUUCAAGAAGGAGAAAAUAA